AUGGCUAUAUGUUGUUCAGCUUUAUUUUUUCUUGAUGCACAUAGAAAUACUCUUCUGUUUAAAAAUUACCGAAAUAUUGAUAAAAAUAUUAUUUCUGAAUUUAAUUAUUUGUUUAUAAAAAAUAUUAACAAAAAUAGUUCACCAUUAUUAAAAUCAGAUAAUUUUACAUUUCUUUAUCUUAUAUUUGAAAAUAUUUUUUUUGUUGCUGUACUUGAAAAGAAUGCAAAUGUUUUGUUGUCAUAUACAUUUUUACAAAAAUUGAAUGAUCUUCUUGAAGCAUAUUUUACAGUAAUAAAUAUUGAUAUUAUAAAUAAUAAUUUAUUAUUGAUAUAUGAAAUAAUGGAUGAAGUUAUGGAUUUUGGUUUUCCACAAAUUACUGAUGCUGAAAUUUUGAUGGAAUAUGUUACUCAAUAUGGAUCUCAAGAUAAAUCUGUUAAACGUAUCCCACCAGCAGUUACAAAUUAUGUUUCUUGGAGAGCUCAUAAUACUCUUCAUGAAUUUAAUAAUGUUAAUAUUGUUAUAAAUGAAAGUGUUAGUAUCACAAUAAAUCAAUCUGGAAAAGCUGUAAAUUAUGAUGUUAAAGGUAAAAUAUUUCUUGAUGUUUCAUUAUCAGGUAUGCCUGAUAUAACAAUAAAGUUAUGUGAUAAAUUUAAAUAUAUAACAGAAGGAUAUCAUAGAAAAAUUCAAGAAAAAAAAAGUUUUUUUUCCUUAGAAGCAUACAAUUUACAUCAUUGUGUUGAUAUAAGAGCAUUUGAAAUACAAAAAGAUCUCAAAUUUAUACCACCAGAAGGAAUUUUUGAGUUAAUGUCAUAUCAUUUAUCAGCAAAUAUAAAUUUUAGACCUAUCGUAUUAGUUACUUGUAAUAAAAGAUUAAUUGGGAGAUGUAAAGUUAUUUAUUAUUUACAAUUAAAGACAAAUUAUAAUGAAAACAAUCGAGCUGAUUAUAUUAAUAUUAUUCUUCCUGUUGGAAAUGAAGUAUUUUCACCAAAAUUUACCAAAACUUCUGGUUCCGUUGAACAUGAUACAAAAAAUAAGACCGUAAUGUGGAGAUUAAAAAAUAUUGGUGGUUUAAAAUCUGCAAAUAUGCAAGUUGAAUUUUUACUACCAUCAAUUACAUCAACUGAUGAACAAAGAAUUCCAAGAAUUAUUGUAGUACAUUUUAAAGUAAGUGGUAUUUUAGUAUCAGGUUUUAAAAUAAAGAAUUUUAAUGUUUUUGAAAGAAAUUAUAAAUACAUUGUAUAUCCUAAUGUUGAAUAUUUGGUUAAUGAUGGUGUUUAUAAUAUACGUUAUUAA